GAACGUGCCGCCUGUUUUCGAAGCUGAAGUGAGUUCGUUGACGACAAUUAGUUGUUUUUUUUUUUAAAUGUGUGUUGUGAUAAAACGAAGACUAUGGGAAUGAUUAUCUGAAAGAUACAGAAACCAGGCCCGCAACAUCAGGUGGAAUCAAAAAUCAGAUAAAAUGGAGAGACGCGUCGCCGGUGCCAUCUACAUACUAAUCACGUUCGCUUUGGUUAAUGAGAUGUCGAUGAACGUGCAGGCCAGGGACAGCAGCAAACGGAGAACGAAAGAGAGGUCAGGAGGAUUUCAGGACAACAUUUGCGACAUAACAGACAGGGACUCAAAAGUGCAUUGCUAUUGCGAAAACACCAGGGAACCGAGGAAUGCGACCAAAGCGGAAUGCUGGAUAUUCAAUGGCGGAAUUCCUCGCGACGACCUCGUCUGGCAAAGUUUCGCUUCUCAGCCCACUUUGCAAGCAUUGUCUUUCAACGUUCGAGUUGAAGGCGCUUUGAGCUACGUGCCGACCAAAGCUCUGAUGUACUUACCGCGUCUCAGAUCCAUCAAUAUAAAAUACGGAAAUAUUUUAGAAGUAUCAUCUUUUGCUUUCGCUAAUCUCACGCAUUUAAGAGAAACUGGCUUAUCGCAGAAUCAAAUAGAAACAUUACAGCAGUAUUCGUUCGUUCACUUGCCAAAUGUAACGACGAUAAAUUUAGAAGAUAAUACGAUUUUAGACAUAGAUGCGGAGGCGUUUUAUGACGUGCCGAAACUACAAAAGCUGGUGUUCACGAAAAACAAUAUAUCAACGAUAAGGAAUGGGACGUUCCAACACACGUUCAAUCUAUUGGAGUUGGAUUUGAAUAAAAAUAAUAUAUACAAUUUGAAUCGUCGCACAUUUGAUGGAUUAGCGAACUUGAGGAAAUUGGACCUGCGAAAGAAUAGAAUACAGAAUCUGACCGAAUUCACUUUUGCCGAGCUAUGGAACUUGCAGGAGCUGUUACUGGGAAAAAACGAUUUGAAAUUCAUUUCUGAAAGGGCGUUCGACGGAUUAUCGCAGCUACGGAAACUGUCCCUGGACGAUAAUAAGCUUGGGUCCCUACCGUCUGGCUUAUUUGAGGGGGUGCGGGGCCUGAGUUCGCUGGACCUACGUUCGAACGAGCUUCACGCUUUGACUUACGACAAUAUCAAACCGAUCCUCGAUAAUUUGAAGCCGCAGAAUAGCAACUUGCUGCUCGAAGAUAACAGCUUUGUAUGCAAUUGCAAUUUAAAAUGGAUGCAUGCCUUGAGGAAUGAAACGAAAAGUCAGAACACUAAGGAUUCGUUAGAGAACGUGACAUGUAGACUGGACCCACCAAUCGUCAGCUCUGCUUACAACAAAAUACCCGAAACGGACAAUGCACCUUUCAACCAGGAGAUCCUGCACGCUGGACUGACCAUAGAAACCCUCAACGAGAAGAUGAACAUAACGGAGAAGAAAGGAGAUCUCAAGGACAUCGUCGAAGCCGCCAAUGAAAUCCAAACGAAGAAGGGAGUCAAAAGGAAUGUUUUGAAAUUUCCCCCGGAAACUUUACCAUGUCCUAGGGAGGUCGUUAAGACUACUGAGGCUCCUCCAUUUAUAAUCGAUCCAGUGAUUCCAAUACAAAAUGAGAUGAAAACGUAUAGGUAUCAUGAAAUGAAUUCUGGUCACGGCCUGUCGCUUAGAUUUAGCAUAGUGUUAUAUAACAUCUGUUUAGCUUUCUUUUUCACUUAGGCUAUUAAUAUUUAAGGGACUAGAUAUAUGAUAUUAAGGGAUACUAUAUUGUUUUCAUGGCUGUGUAUUGAAGAGUAUUAAGAAAACAGCUGCAAGUUAUUUUAAUGUUUGCACGUGUGCGAUAGAGCUCAGAAUCUUUUGGGAAAAUGGAACCGUCCAAUUUCAGUGAGCUUCAAUAAAACUUUUUUUUUUUCUUUGUUUAAUAAACAGUUAAUAAACAAAAACAAUAUUUUUAUAAUGAAAAUUAAUAUUAUGAUUGUCUUAUUUUCCUUAAUGAUAUCGAAAGUAAUAAAAUAAGUUAUUAUCAAAUCUAAUAUUCAAAAUUUACCAUUCAAUGUUGUUUUUAAACUUUUAAUUUAGUUUGACUAAUAAUAUUCUUAUUUAGAUUGACUGAUAAAAUGAGCAAGUGUGUAAAGUAAGCAAAUACAUAAACAUGUUAACAUAUUAUUUAUUCCAAAAAUAAAGCGGGUGGAACCGCAGGAUAAACUUGGUAUUUCACUAGAAUGCGAACGACAUUUGUCAAAUUAUAUUAAGUCAAUUGCUUUGUCGUUAGUCAGUCGUAAAUAAAGACUUUGAAUUUCUCAAUAAUCUUCAGUACAUAGCUAUCAAAGACCGCUUAAAACAAACCACACAAUUGAGCCACAUUAUAAAGUAAACACAAAUUAUUUAUAUCCUAUUAAUGCGUCAAAGUUUUCUCUGCCUUGCUACUAAGAUAGUCCAAUAGUACCAGGCGGCUAGAACUUAGGUUCGAGAUACUAUGUGCACCACCUUGAUGACGAUAUUCGUCGCCUAUUAGUAUAUUAUGAGAGCUUAAUAAGGCAUUUGGGCUAUAAGGAAACUUUGUUGCACUAAUUACGAAAACAAAUAUGAAUAGCACUUACUGUUUAACGCGAUUAUGAUCACAGAUUAUACCCGAAUGUAUGUUUGUAAUUUUUAAUAUAGAAACUAUUGUAUCUAAAUGUAAGAUAUGAUCUCAGUAUGGUUAGUGUGAGUAUUUUUCAUUUAAUUACUAAUUUAUUAUUUGUGUGUGUAUGUGUAUGUAUAUCUUUAUACGACGGCUCACAUUGAGCCUUUAUGGGUUGGGCUAAUCUUUCUAUUUUUGCGGGAAAGUUUUAAGUUCUGUCUGGAAAGUGGGAACAGCUAUUUUACAAUAUAAUUAAGAUUUCGACUCGACUCGAUUCCUUAGCACGCACCUUAC